AGCUGCACUGCUAUAUAUAUGUUAUAUAUAUGCAUAUAUACGCUGAGUAUGCGUGUGCUACCAGACAUUGGCAAAGCUUGAGGCUUGAGUUGGAGGCGGAGCACGCAGUUGUGGCGCAAACCUCUGCUAUUUUUAGCCGUCUCGACAACAUUCACCUAUGUACCUAGGUAGGUAUCUACCUAGGUACUUGGUACUUGGUGACUUGGAUACUUGAUAUGUAUAUAAAUAUAUACAUAUCUGUAUACAAACCCACCUUGGGUAUGCCACAUGGACACCUGAGUAUGCGUACAAACAUCCGACAGCGCCACGUUGCGUAAUUGUCAGAGCAGUAUCCAAGAUAAAACAGCCCCAAUUCCCAAUUCCACCGAAUAAGUGGAGCGUACAUAGGCUACAGAUGCCCUUUUGCUGACUGACCGUUUGCCGGCUUGGCCCCAUCUCUCUCCCUCUCCCAGUGCCUGUGCCUGUGCUUGUGCCUGCCUGCCUGUGCAUCUCGAAACCUAGAAGCUGGAACGGGGGACGCGCCUCGGAUCGCCGCCCGCUGCCGUUAAUUAACUCACGACCUACGACCACCGUCAGUCUGCACUGGCUACAUUCAUUCACCUGCUGUGCAUUUUCCUUUUUUUUCCCUCUCCCCUCCACCGACACCCUCUGAUCUGCCACCGACGCCUAUAUCCUCCUGAUCCGCCCUCCUGCCUCCGCUCGCUACCACUUCGUUCGCCCAUUAUUUCUAACCCGCCCGAAACCGACCCCUAGUUGCAUACUCCCCGAACAUUGCUCCUCCGUACCCAACUACUUACCUGCUUGCUUAGCUCGGGAGAGCUGAAGGAAUCAAUGUAGAUUGCGCGUCGCGCUCGCCCCCCCAACCCGCUCCAAUGUCCAACCCGGAUCAACACAGCAGCAGAACAGACCUAUCGAAUCAGUCAAUACCGCUGCGGGACCUCCACAGACCACCCGAUUACCACGAGCAUGGCUACACCCAAGGAGGGGCUGCGCAGCCGCAGCCGCAACACCACCACAGAACACUCAGUGAUCGAGGGCGCGAACUGCUGAGACACCCAGCCCAGCUGGCGACUGGUCAGCAUUGGAACCCAGAGUAUGCGCCCAUCCCCAAGGCCUCACCAAGUCCCACGCGCAACGGGCCCCGUCCCCAACUCAACACGGCACAAGCACAAUCCCACCGCCGGCAUGCACCAGAAGAUGAUGGAGACUUCUCUCCCGUUGACAUUGGCGCAUUCCAGGCCGCCAUUGGUUUCUCCGGAUUGAGCUUCCAGGGAGAAACCUCGCCCCCCGCCGUCUCCUCAAACCAUCCUCCAUAUGCCCAACACAACCACCACCACCAACCCGACCCUUACGCCGCUCGAGGUCCCUCCGAAGACAACUCCUUCUUCUCGCCUAUUGCAUAUGAAGACACUGCCCGUUUGACAGACGAUCGAAGUCUGCAGCCGAUAGCCGGUGCGCCGCCCUUCGCGGGCCAGGACCGUUCGAGUUUCAACAGCGUGCGCUUCCUGACCCCAGAUGGUUCCUUGCCAGCACAUCGAAGGACUGAAGAUCUGAGCGACGCGGAAACUGCGAAUGCAACCCUCCGCACCCCCACACAGCGCAAGCGCUCGCUCUCGCCAGCUAGCAGUGACUCCCCGCUACAUCGGGCAGGCACCAUGAUGCGGAACAUGUCGCAGCGAGUCGUCAACAUCAGCAAUGAACCUGAAGUCGCCGAACGAACCAUGCGCCGUAAAUCUUCGCUGCAUCAUGCUCGCCUCCAGGGGCCCCCUUCGUUUCCAGAAAUGCCGGAAUAUAUCCCCGAGGCCAACUCUCCUCCCGUCCCAGCUUCCCCCAUCGAGAAACCGCCUUCCCCUGUCCCAGAUACACUUUCAAAAGCUCAGCGCCAGCAGGCCUCAAAUCCUCUCCGCGGUAAAACUUUGGGCUUUAUCCCUCCCGACAACAAGAUAAGGUUGAUGUUGUGCGAUCUGCUCGUGAAUCCCUUUGUCGAACCCGUCCUCCUAUUCCUGAUUGUCAUCCAAACGGUUCUGCUAGCUGUUGAUGCUGCGAACGACGUGCACGAGGAUAAAGAAUUCAAGACUAAAGAAUGGGGUGGUUUCAUCGAGUAUGCCUUACUGUUUCUCUUCGUCAUAUAUACCAUUGAGACCAUCAUUCGAGUCAUCGUGUCUGGCUUCAUUGUGAAUCCAGCCGAAUAUAGCACCAUCAACCGCCAGAAAGGCCUAAAACGAGCCGCCAUCGAUAAUUUUCAGAAAGCCUUUCACCCUCAUCGACAAACGUCUGUAAAACGUACCGAUACUCCAGCAAUGGAGCCGCAGAUGCCCUCUGUUCUCCGUACCUUCACCAUGGGACCCGCCCAUACAAACCCCGCGUUUGGUGUUGGGGACGCUCGCUCGCAGCAACGGUUCCGCCUUGCUCAUAGAGCCUAUCUACGGCACUCUUUUAAUCGGACUGAUUUUGUCGCCGUCGUGUCGUUCUGGAUCGCCUUCAUUCUCGCCAUCACCAAAGUUCAAAACACAAAACACAUUUUGAUCUUCAAGAUGCUCAGUUGUCUGCGUAUCAUUCGUCUUCUCAACAUGACCAGCGGUACAGCUGUCAUACUUCGUAGUCUGAAGAAGGCAGCACCACUUCUGCUCAACGUCGCUUUUCUCAUCUGCUUCUUUUGGUUACUAUUCGGCAUCGUUGGGGUCCAAAGUUUCAAAUCAAGCUAUAGGAGGCGAUGCGUCUGGACUAAUCCUGAUGAUCCCAACGACACCUACAUCAACGAAGAUCAGUUCUGCGGUGGUCAUUUGAAUCCGAAUACAAGUCUCGGUGCGCAACGCUCGCUGGGCUUUGUCAAACCUGGCGCAUUGAAUGACCCACUUGGAAGCCCGAAAGGAUUCAUAUGUCCAAGGAAUUCGACGUGUCAAGAACUCCACAACCCUUUCAACGGAACACAAAGUUUUGACAACAUCCUACAGUCCCUGCAACUCGUGUUCGUCAUGAUCUCAGGAAACACCUAUACCGACAUUCUCUACACAAUCGCGGAUAGUGACUAUCUCAUCGGCGCACUCUUCUUUGCCGCUGGUAUCUUGAUUCUAAACUUGUGGCUCAUCUCCUUGUUGAUCGCAGUCAUCACGUCAUCGUUUCAGAUUAUCCGUGAGGAAAGUAAAACCAGUGCAUUUACUGGAGAGGAAAUCGAAGAAGCCGAAUCAGAAGACCAACCAAAGAAACGUGUGAGCUCCAUGAAAAAGCUCUAUGAUAAGACAGCAUGGAUCUGGGCCUUGGUCAUUACUUUCGGACUCAUAGUCCAGGCCCUCAAAAGCGCUGAUAUGAGCCCCAACCGGAAAAGUCUUAUUGAUGCGACCGAGAUUGGCGUCACUUUCGUCCUCCUUGGGGAGAUUCUUGUCCGAUUUGCAGUUGACUGGCGACAUUUUUUCCACAGCAAACGCAAUAUCGCUGAUCUUGGGAUCGCUAUCAUCACAACCGUCAUACAGAUUCCCUCAAUCAAGACCUCCCACGACGGUCGUGCCUACGAUUGGCUAACCGUUUUUCAAAUCAUGCGAAUAUAUCGGGUCGUUUUAGCGGUGCCCAUGACAAGGGAUCUCAUCAUGAUCGUCCUGGGCAACGUUAGCGGUUUGCUUAAUCUUAUCCUUUUCGUGUUCCUACUUACAUUCCUCGCAUCCAUCUUUGCCUCUCAGCUUUUCCGCGGUGAGCUACCGGCGGAAGAUGACGAAGGCGAGACAUUGGAUGUUUCCUUCUUUUCCAUCUGGAACUCUUUCCUCGGAAUGUAUCAGAUACUCUCCAGCGAAAAUUGGACUUCGAUCAUGUACAACAUUACCAACUACUCGGUAGAAUUUUCGUCUUCCUGGAUUGGGGCUUCCUUUUGUAUUCUGUGGUUCAUCGUCGCAAAUUUCAUUGUUUUGAACAUGUUUAUUGCGGUCAUCCAAGAAAAUUUCGAUGUAUCAGAGGAUGAGAAGCGAUUGCAGCAGGUCAAGGCAUUCCUUCAGAAGAAAGAACAAGGUAUCGAUGCUUCCUAUGGAAACCUGUCGUUGUCAUCGAUCUUCAAACUCGGCCAAGCCAGUCGAAAAGACCCUCUGGAUUAUGGCUCCGCCGCCGCUGAAAUGCUUUUGAAAGAUGCGGUCGUCCGGGAUUUUCUCGACGAUGAUGAAGAGGCCUCAGACGGGCGUGAGGCGGAACCACAGCCUGGAGUCCGGCCAGCGGCGACCAUUGUUGGAUCUGGCCUGGCGUCCACCUGGUGGCAGCGCAUAGUCCGCAAAUUCACCCACCGUGAACCAAACCCAUUCUAUGCACCCCUUGAUUAUGGUCGAGCUUACGAGGAGCUUGAUCCCCGGCGAAUGGCCAAGGAAGUCGUAUCAGCAACAGAGAGACGGAAGAAGGCUCAAAGGGACUACUUGCGCACGCACCCAAACUACAAUGUCUCUCUCUUCAUGUUUAGGCCUAGUAACCAUGUCAGGAGAUUCUGCCAGAGAUUGGUAGGCCCUGGACGCGGAAACGAACGUAUAGAAGGCCUGGCUCCAUCUGUGCCAUUGUGGUAUUCGUUCUCAGCCUUCAUCUAUGCUGCCAUCAUUGCAAUGGUUCUUCUAGCAUGCGUUACCACCCCACUCUACCAGCGAGAAUAUUUCCUGGAUCAUCAAUUCAGUGUUAAGAACUGGUUCGUCUGGACUGAUAUGGGUUUUGCCGUGCUUUUCACCGCAGAAGCUUUGAUCAAGGUAAUUGCUGAUGGAUUCUUCUGGACGCCUAAUGCCUACUUCCGAGGAUCCUGGGGAUUUAUUGAUGGCGUAGUCUUGAUCACUCUUUGGGUCAACGUAGCAACUUCCCUGCUCAACAAAGGCCAGAUAAGUCGCACGGUAGGCGCGUUCAAGGCGCUUCGUGCUCUUAGACUGCUCAACAUCAGUGAUAGCGCUCGAGAUCAUUUCCACUCUCUCAUUGUUCGUGGCUGGUGGAAACUCAUUUCUGCUGCCUUCGUGUCCCUGAGCCUGCUCAUCCCGUUCGCCAUCUAUGGGCUUAAUCUUUUCGUAGGUCAAUUGCAAAGUUGCAAUGAUGAUGGCUCUGGCAUAUCCGACUUGAAUGACUGCGUCAUGGAAUGGAACAGUAGCCCCUAUGACUGGGAUGUCCUUGCCCCUCGCAAAGCAAGCAACCCAUUUUAUGACUUCGACAACUUUGGGGGAUCGCUUUUCAUCCUUUUCCAGAUUGUAUCUCAAGAAGGUUGGACCGAUUGCCUGUCAAAGGCGCAGUCAAUAACCGGCACCUUUACUCAACCUGAACCCUUUGCAUCGCAAGGAAAUGCAGUGUACUUCGUGGUUUUCAACUUGCUCGGGGCAGUUUUCGUGCUUACCCUUUUUGUCUCUGUGUUCAUGCGCAAUUACACAGAACAGACUGGAGUGGCUUUCCUUACAUCGGACCAGCGCUCUUGGUUGGAGCUGCGCAAAUUGCUCCGGCAGGUUUCGCCAUCCAAACGGCCAUCCUCUACCAAACAAAGAGAGACCUGGGAAGAGUGGUGCUACCGGCGCGCUGUCCGUAAGACAGGGCAAUGGCAACGUUUCAUCACUGGCCUACUCAUUUUACAUCUCCUGCUACUUUGCCUUGAGUGGUACCCUGGUGAAGAAGCAUGGGAACUUGCAAGGAUCUAUAUUUUCCUCGUCAUCACCGUCGUCUUCAUCGCCAAUAUCGUUAUUCGGAUCGUCGGUCUGUCAUGGCACCGAUUUCGAAAAGCUUCGUGGGAUGUCUUCUCUUUGUUUGCGGUAUCAGGAGCCUUCGUCACAUCGGUUCUGCGCCUUACCAGCCCCAGCCAGAGAGUUAUUGUGCAGCUGCAUAAGCUUUGUUUGGUAUCCAUCGCUCUCCUUCUGAUACCAAGGAACAAUCAACUCGACCAACUAUUCAAGACUGCUGCGGCAAGUUUGGCAUCCAUUCUGAACCUGUUGGCCACCUGGUUCGUACUCUUUCUAGUGUAUGCUAUCGCUCUUACGCAGACCUUUGGUCUGACCCGAUUCAACGAAAAUGAGACAGGGAACAUCAACUUCCGCAGUGUACCCAAAGCUUUGAUACUGCUUUUCCGCACCAGUACCGGCGAAGGUUGGAAUGAGCUGAUGGAAGACUUUGCCACUGUCGACCAUCCUUAUUGCACAGAUGGGGGAUUGUAUUUCGAAAGUGACUGUGGAAGCCCCGAAUGGGCACGCGCAUUGUUCAUCAGUUGGAACAUUUUGAGCAUGUACAUCUUCGUAAACUUGUUCGUUUCUCUGAUAUACGAAAGUUUCAGUUACGUGUAUCAGCGGAGCAGCGGGCUUUCCGUCAUCAGCCGGGAGGAAAUCCGGCGAUUUAAACAAGCAUGGGCAGAAUUCGAUCCUAACGGAACCGGAUACAUCUCUAGAGAUGUAUUUCCAAGGCUGCUUGGUGAACUAUCUGGCAUAUUUGAGAUGAGAAUAUAUGACGGCGACUUCACCGUGAACCGACUGCGCGAGAAGUGCGCUUCCUCAAGCAGAAGAUACUCUGAGGGCCUGCCCGUCACACAAAACCAUGAUCUGACCUCUGAUAUUGAUCUUAAGAAGCUGAAUGAAUCCCUCAACAGUCUCCCAGUCGCCGAGAUUCGACGUAGACGACAACGCAUGAACACAUUCUACGAAGAAGUUCUAGUUUCGAGUGAUCCAGACAAGGGUGUUCAGUUCACUAUCCUGCUCAUGAUUCUAGCUCAUCACAAAGUCAUCAAUGACAACAAAAGUCUGAGACUAGAAGAAUAUCUCCGCCGCCGAGCUCGCCUGCAAAGAGUCGAGGAAGCUGUCCGGCGUAAUGUUGUCAAGGGUUUCUUCGACACUCUAUAUUGGUCGCGACGAUUCCGGCGAGCUCUGGAUCAAAAGAAGUCUGGACGUAUGACAGCUGUACCGCAAUUCACUGUUCCCGAGAUUUUUGUCGACGACGAAGAUAUCACCGAGGCGCAGCGCGGACAUCAAUCGGCAGUUGGAAGUCCGCUCUUCUCGCCUGUCGAUAUGCACCCGCCAGAUCAUGGAGACUGGCGAGCUUCAGGAAGUGAUGCUCGUGAUCCUAACUUACCAAAUGACAUGACACUACGCAGCCGGGCCAACUCCAUCCAAACGACACCAUUGGGCUCGCCCGUACGAACAACACCCAUGUCUCCGAUUCGUUCCUCACCACAUGCCUCACCUUUCAACGAUGGCGAAUGGCAAUUCGCAUCAGCUCUCAGCCGCCCCUCUAGUCCGGGAGACGACGCAGGACUCGCGGAACCUACGUCAACGCGCAGCAGACAAAACAGCGCGGUCAGUGCGGCCGAUGUUCUCGAGGUCUUGGACAACUCGGCAUGGGGAGAAAGUAUCCGCCGAAGCUUCACUCAACGCCGAUCGAGCGGUCGAUAG